UGGUGCCUGCGCUAAAGGCCCACACAAAAACUGAAGCGCUCGUUUUCCGCCAGAGCUCCGUUCCGACCGCAAACUCCAGACGACCAAGCCGCCAAAAUGAAGGACAUCUACAAGGACGAGACUCUUGCCAUCCCCGAGGGCGUUACCGUCGAGAUCAAGGCCCGUAUCAUCAAGGUUACCGGCCCCCGCGGUACCCUCGAGAAGAACCUCCGUCACGUCGACAUGGAGAUCCGCAAGGUCUCUGAGGAGCAGAUCAAGUUCGUCGUCUGGCACGGAGCCCGCAAGCACGUUGCCUGCUUGCGUACUGUCCGCUCUUUGAUCAACAACAUGAUCAUCGGUGUCACCAAGGGUUUCCGCUACAAGAUGCGUUACGUCUACGCCCAUUUCCCCAUCAACGUCAACGUUAUUGAGGAUGGUCGCGUCGUUGAGAUCCGUAACUUCUUGGGUCAGAAGGUUGUCUUCAAGGUCAACAUGCUCGAGGGUGUCUCUGUCAACACCCAGUCCACCCAGAAGGAUGAGCUCAUCCUCGAGGGUAACUCCCUUGAGAACGUCUCCCAGUCUGCUGCCUCCAUUCAGCAGAUCUGCGCUGUCAAGAACAAGGAUAUCCGUAAGUUCUUGGACGGUAUCUACGUUUCUGAGCGCACCACCAUCGUCCAGGACGAGUAAGCUCCUUCUUGGCUAGGUCGUGCUGUGAUGCGUUGGAUGAAGACGGAAUAGGGAGGGCAUGCAGGAAAAUGAAAGCGGCGUUUGGGUAUUUUAGGAAAAUGUUUGUUUCUUGGAUUUGCUAGAUUACUUGAGCUCCUCUACGGGUCAGGCAAUUAAACAUGCGCCGAGUUCUUUUCGAGAACAUGCGUGGCCGCCCUAUUGUUUCUUCUCCAUCUUGUGUCG